AUGAGCAUCAACAAAGGGGGCAAUGGGAACAGUGGAAAGGAUGAUGACCAAUCAACAAUUACAGUUGACAGUGAUGAAUGGGAAGAAGUCCCAGUCAAGAAAGACAACAAGUCAGACUCGGAAUCGGAAUCGGAAUCAUUCAUUGCAACUCAGUUGACGCACAGCCAACAGGAAAGAAGAGACAAGAAGAAGAAACAAAACAAGGAAAACACAGAGAAGAAGCCAAAACAUGACAACGAGAAUGAAAAAAUCGUUCUCUUACGAAGAAAAAGACUAGUUAUCCUCAAAAGUAUUGAACAACUUGCAAAAUCACUCGAUUCUUUUCUGAUUCAAUACCUUUAUAUCCGCAUCCAAGCGCUUACCAUUAAACCUGUUCAUUUCAAUUGGAUCGUUGUAUUUAUAGGGUAUUUUUUUGCGAUUGAGAUCCAACUCAUAAAUCAAAUGGAUACACAUCGAAUUGAGAUAUUAAGACGAUCUCGAAAGGAAACAAAGGAAUUGUACGAUUACCAGCAGUCGUAUUUAAUUUGUACAUUGAUUAAAGAAGGCCACGAAGUGACGGUGCGACGAUACCGGUAUAAGAUCGAAGAUCGGAGCAUCACAUUACACGUUCUAAAGAUCGACAACAAUGAAAUUAAAUCAAUUAAGCCGGAAUAUACGGAUGAUAAAAACGCAAAACGAGCUAAAAACCAAGAAGCAUAUAUCCAAGGAAUUGAUACCAUGUGCGAAACCUAG